GAGAUUUGACAUACAAAUUAGAGUCCAACUAAAAACAUCCUAAUUGGUCCAAAGUUCCAAAUUCCUAAGUGUUGAUCCGGUUCGAUUCAUCCGAUCUAGCAUCUCUCAUCUCUCACUCUCAGCCAGACGGUCGUAUGCUAUAUUGCACUCUUCACUUCAUCUCCUCUUCGUACGCAGUUACACCACGCCGUUCGUCAAAUGUCCUGAGGCGGGAACAGUUAUUCCAGGCGGUCCAGCUUUUAUAUAUAUAGAGUAUUGUUGAUCUCAGAUUAUGUGCUUAUGCCACACGGGAUCGUGUUCUAAUUCGGGUUGAAGCCGCUAAGAAAUGCAGAAUUAAAAGCCUGACACAUACGGGAAUGGCGCUUCCACCGGUACUUUCUUUGGCUCUCCCAUCGGAAACUGGCCGCGUGCUCAGCAUUCAGUCUCACACGGUUCAGGGGUACGUGGGAAACAAGUCAGCAGUGUUUCCUCUGCAAUUGCUGGGCUAUGAUGUGGACCCCAUCAAUUCCGUACAAUUUUCAAAUCACACAGGGUACCCAACUUUUAAGGGUCAGGUUUUGAAUGGAGAACAACUAUGGGACUUAAUUGAAGGUCUUGAAGCGAAUAAGUUGUUAUACUACACUCAUUUAUUAACAGGUUAUAUCGGUUCUAUUUCAUUCUUGGAAAAGGUUCUGCAAGUUGUUGAUAAGCUCCGUACAAUUAACCCUGACCUCACAUAUGUAUGUGACCCUGUGAUGGGUGAUGAUGGGAAGCUAUAUAUUCCACUGGAACUGGUGUCUGUGUAUCGUGAGAAGGUUGUCCCUGUUGCUUCAAUGCUGACUCCCAAUCAGUUUGAAGCUGAGCUGUUGACUGGUUUGAGUAUCACAUCUGAACAAGAUGGGCAGGAAGCUUGUAACAUUCUUCAUGCUGCUGGACCAUCAAAGGUUGUCAUUACUAGCAUAAACAUAGAUGGAAAUCUUCUUCUCAUUGGCAGUCACCGGAAAGAAAAGGGUCAACCUCCUAAACAAUUCAAGAUUGUGAUACCCAAGAUUCCUGCAUAUUUCACUGGAACUGGAGACCUUACAACGUCAUUGUUACUUGGAUGGAGUAAUAAAUACCCUGAUGACCUUGACAAGGCAGCAGAACUAGCAGUAUCAAGCUUGCAGGCACUUCUUGCGAGGACAUUGGCAGACUAUCAAAGGGCGGGGUAUGACUGCAAAUCGAGCAGUUUGGAAAUUAGAUUGGUACAGAGUCAAGAUGACAUUCGCAACCCCAAAGUCAAAUACAAGGCCAAGCGAUAUGAUUGAUUAAUUUCUCUGCCUCUGCUUCCUGUUGUUGCCUUACUGUUAUGUUCUUUACCCUGACUCGAUUUUUUACUUGCACGAUAUAGCAAAAUGGUGUCAGUUCCUUUUCUGUGCUCAUUACGGUCUGAAUCACAUAAGUUCAAAAGUCUCCAAAGAGAAGCAAGAUGACUCUAUUGGCAGUACACAUGAAGCUUCUUUGGCUGCAGCCUAUAAGGGAACCCACCUCUAGCCACAUAAACUGUACUCGAUGAGAACCAGAGGCUGGUCUCUGACUUUGACAAUUAGUCAAUUAUUUAACUAUAUUAUCAAUUUACUACUUGUACUAUUUUCUUGAUUCUGUAGUUCUCUCAAGUAACGGUUGUUCAUUAGCCAAUAAAUGCUCCAUAUGAGACUUUAGGUUGUUUGUACUUUGUAGUUGAGGAUUAAUUGGGGCUGUUCUUGAUUGGUUUCAAAUUUGCACACAUUUUAGUGGUUGAUUAAGUUAAGUGUGCUUCUAAUCCCC